UGCUCUUCCUGCUCCACGUAUUGAGAAGGAGAUCCUCUCUGACAGACAAUGACAUUUGUUUCGGUUUACCCGGUUUACCUCCACGGUGUUUCUGCUUCAUGUCCUCCAGUUAAACCCCGGCUUUAGCUGAGACGCUUUGGACAUUUGGACCUCUUUUCAAACGGAAACAAAAUGUCUUGGUUUGCCGAUUUUGCCGGGAAAGCUGAGGACUUCCUGAACAAAGUGGACCAGGGAGCUGCCACUGCUCUGACCAUAAACCAGGAGAAAGCAUCCUCCUUUUCCUCCUACGAAGAAGAAUCACCCGUCAAACCUGAAUUCAACCCUGCAGGUUUCAAGACCCAUGCACCUGCAGCUCAUCAUGCAUAUUCAUCCACUGAGGAUUCACACAGCUUCGUCUCCGCUGCAGCUGCAAACAUUAAGAGAUCUGGAUCCACGCUGCUCGGUGCUGCGAACACAUCCAGUGUCCUCUCUGGUUCUGGAAGCAGCGCCUCCGCCUCCGCCUCCGCCUCCACCUCCACCUCCACCAAGACCUCCUCUGGGUUUGUGAGGCGCAAAAAGAGCGAGCAAGACGUGGACGACGACAUGCUCUUUGACUUUCUGAACAGCGCCGACCCUCCGGAGAGCGGCAGCAGGGAUUCAAGAAGAGAACUUGUGAAGGUGGUGGUUCCUGUUACAGAACCCCAGAGCCCCACGCCUCCUCCUCCUCCCUCCUCCACCCCUUUCUCCCUCCCAUCGGCCCCGUCUACACCCCCCUCCACCAGGGGAGUAUCCCGGGCGUCCAGCAUGAGCUCACUGUCCGCUCACAGCAUCAAGACAUCAGACGAAGGCUCUGCUAAAGAAUUAAGCCAAGACACACCUGAGAGCUCAGACUCCGGCUUGGCUGUCCCUCAGGAGUCCAUCAGACAGGAUCCUCCUCUUCCUCUUCCUCCUGCUGCUGCUGCUGCCCCCCCCACAGAGGAGCCUCAGAGCCACAUCCUGUCCAGCCUGCGUCUGGAGAACCAGCUGCUGCGGAGUGAGGUUUCCUCCCUCAACCAGGAGAUGGUUUCAGUCAUCCAGAGGGCCAAAGACCUGCAGGACGAGUUGAACCACGCUCGUCUCCGUGCCGACCGGAGGAACUCGGAGCAGUCUCAGAGCGACAGGAUGUCACGAGAUCUCCGGUCGAAGGUUGAUGACCUCACAGAAUCGCUUUCUGCUAAAGACGCUCAGCUGGCCGUGCUGAAGGUCCGUCUCGAUGAAGCCGAUCAGAUGCUGAAGUCCCGCAGCGCCGCUCUGGAGGAGGCGCAGACGGAGCGGUCGAGGAUCGUGCUGGACCACUCGGAGGGCAGCAGCGUGCAGUCUCAGGCUCUGGAGACGAUCCAGGAGAGGCUGCGCGACGCGGAGCUGUCCGCCCGGAGGGAGCAGGACAACUACAGACAGAUGCAGGGUGAGUUCGCCGGCCGCCUCUCUAAAGUGGAGUCUGAUCGGCAGACGCUGGCGGAGACCGUGACGGCAGCGGAGCGUCGAGCGGCGGAGGAACGGCUGCGAGUCGAAGACAUGCAGACGCAGCUGAAGAGCAACAAAGCUGCAGCUGAGGCGGCAAAGAUGGAGUUACAGGACUACAAACACAAAGCUGCACGCAUCCUACAGUCCAAAGAGAAGCUGAUCAGCAGCCUGAAGGAGGGCUCCGGCCUGGACUCGCUGGACGCAGGCGGGGGGGCGGCGGCUCUGGAGCUCGAGGACCUGAAGCACGAGAGGGAGAUGCAGAAAGAGGAAAUCCAGAAGCUUCAGGGGCAGCUGCACACGCUGCGGAUAGAGAUCCAGGAUCUGGAGAGCCAGGCGGUGACGGAGGCGGACGCGUGGCGGGAGCAGCAGCUGCAGCUGGAGGAGACGCAGAGCUUUCAGAACAGAGCCAAGAGGGAGGCGGAGGCCGAGGCCGAGCGAUACAAACAGGAGCUGCAGUACCUGGAGGAAGAGCAGCAUCGAGCCAAAGCCACGCUGCAGAGCAGGAUCAAAGACAGAGAGGAUGAUAUCCAAAAACUCAGGAACCAGCUGACCAACAAGGCUCUGAGCAGCAGCAGCCAGACGGAGCUGGAGAACCGUCUGCACCAGCUGACGGAGACGCUCAUCCAGAAGCAGACCAUGCUGGAGGCUCUGGGGACGGAGAAGAGCGCUCUGGUGUUUCAGAUGGAGCGGCUGGAGACGCAGCUGAAGAGCCGGGAGGGGGGGCACAGCGGGGGGGCCUCCAUCAACAUGAGCAACCUCGAGGGGCCAGCUCGUCAGAGAAACGCCCCGGUUCUCUUCAGUGAUCAGGAAAGUCCCGGAGUUUACGGAAAAGUACGGAAAGCCGCGAGCUCCAUCGACCGGUUCAGCAUCAGACUGGGUAUCUUCUUGAGGCGUUACCCUAUGGCCAGAGUUUUCGUUAUCCUCUACAUAGCGCUGCUGCACCUCUGGGUGAUGGUGGUGCUCCUGACGUACACUCCAGAGAUGCACACUCCAGAGAUGCACCACGGCCACCCUGAUGGAAGAUAAGAGGAUUUUAAGAGUUGGUUAUUCUCCCUUCGCUGUGAGGAUGGUAUAAGCUGCUGGAUUUUGGGCUCUGGGUCCUGCCUCUCCCUGUUUUGCACAGAAAUGCUAUGAAUUAAAAGACAUUUCCUCCGAUUUAUUCUUUAUUUUUUACAAGUGAAGAUCGAUAGCUGACAUUGAGUUUUAAAAUAAUUAAUUACAGAGGGAUUAUAUGUUAUGUGGACGGUCUUCUGACAGGAUAUUAAAUCAAAAAAGUGAUUUCACAUCUGUUUUUCUCCUCAUCUGCUUUCAGACCUCUGGCCUCUUGAGAGAUUGUAUUUAACACUAUAAAAAAACUUUUAAUAAACAAGUUAGAAGAAACGA